AUGUUUUUCAAUUUGAAAGGUGCUUUGAUAUUUGGGCUCCGAGCCUCGACUGAGGCCAGCCCUGUAACGGUGCCUGGCAGUGUGGCUAUCGAAGGUCGAGCCAAGGGGAAGAAAGUCCAAGACUACAUGUGUGGUACUACUCUGGUGGGCAAAGACGACAUCGGCCUUGCUUUGGGGAACGGCAGAGCAUCCGCAGAUUUCAGAGAGGGCGGUAACAAUGGUAAUCCCGGAGCAUUUCGUGUCUUCUAUAAGAAGGACGGCCAGAAGGACUUUGUUGGUGUUAUGUAUGAGAAGCUCUCGAAGUUCUACCUGUGCGCGCCGGCACCUGACCCCAAGGGCGAUUCCGAACAGCCUCAGGUGCCUGAGGUGCCUAACCCUCCAACCUCUCCCACUCCUCCCACUCCCUCCACUCCGCAUGGCCCCCUUGCUCCUCCUGCGGCUGGAAAGGUCUGA